AUGAGCUCAACAUUGCAAUUUCAAAGGCUUCCGUUUAAACUUUUUUCCUUGUUAAUUUUCCUCUCAUUUAAUACAGCAUUCCCUUAUGAUAUUAUUCCUCGGUUAGAUCCUCUGCGUGGCAGAGUCCGACGACUGCCUGAGACAUCGGGAGCAUCCAUGUCAGACGACUUCCAGACUUUUUAUUAUACUCAAACUCUUGAUCAUUUCAACUAUAGGCCUGAAAGCUACACCACCUUCAAGCAAAGAUAUUUGAUCAAUUUCAAGUACUGGGGUGGUGCCAAUGUUAGUGCGCCAAUCUUUGCAUACCUUGGAGCAGAAGCACCAAUUGAUAAUGAUCUAGCUUUUAUUGGAUUUCUCACUGAAAAUGCUGCCCAGUUCGGUGCUCUUGUGGUGUUUAUAGAGCACCGAUUUUACGGGAAAUCUGUACCAUUCAGAUCAUUUAUAAAAGCUCUAGAAAAUGCAAACCUUCGUGGCCAUUUCAACUCUGCUCAAGCUUUAGCAGAUUAUGCUGAGAUUCUCAUUUAUUUAAAGAAGAAAUUAUCUGCCCCAUAUUCUCCUGUAAUAGUCAUUGGAGGAUCAUAUGGAGGAAUGCUGGCUUCAUGGUUUCGGCUAAAGUAUCCCCAUGUUGCCUUAGGAGCUCUGGCAUCAUCAGCUCCACUCCUUUACUUUGAUAACAUCACACCGCAAGAUGCUUAUUUUUGGGUUGUCACCAAGGAUUUUAGGGAAGCUAGCGAGAGUUGCUACCAAACUAUACGGAAAUCAUGGGGUGAAAUUGAUAAAGUGGCUUCACAGCCAAAUGGUCUUUCAAUUCUUAGCCAGAGAUUCAACACUUGCUAUCCCCUCAAAGAUCCUUCAGAUCUUAAAGAAUUCUUAAUCUCCAUAUACGCUGAUGCAGCCCAAUAUGAUGCACCACCAGAUUAUAGAGUUACUAUGAUAUGUGACGCCAUUGAUGAAGGUCCUUUUGGGAAAGAUAUUCUCAGCAAAAUAUUUGCAGGUGUUGUUGCCUAUUCUGGUACUAGUCCAUGCUACGUAAAUCCACACGAGACUCCAACUGAAUCAGAUUUGGGAUGGGAAUGGCAGACAUGCAGUGAGAUGGUGAUCCCACUAGGCAUAAGCAACAACUCCAUGUUCCAGACUGAUCCUUUUACAGUAAGCAGUCGUAUCAAGCAAUGCAAAACGGAAUUUGGUGUCGUACCUAGGCCUCAUUGGAUCACCACAUAUUAUGGAGGCAACGAUAUAAAAUUAAUUCUCCAAAGGUUUGGCAGCAACAUUAUCUUCUCCAAUGGACUUAGAGAUCCUUACAGUAGUGGCGGGAUACUGGAAAACAUAUCUGAUACGGUUCUUGCCGUCUACACAGUCAAUGGUUCUCAUGCAUUGGAUGUGCUUAGAGCAGAAGCAACUGAUCCGCAGUGGUUAAUCAAGCAACGAAAGACAGAAGUUGAGAUAAUUAAGGCAUGGAUUGCUAAGUACUACGCUGAUCUUCUUGCCUACAAACAUUAGUAAGAAUAUUCAAUGUAAUGUUUUCUAAAUAAAUAAAUUCAUCAAAAUGCAGAAACAGUUCCUUGUGAUAUAUUAUAUUUUUAAAAGAAAAUUAUUAU